UCAUUCACGCCAUGGACAAACUGCCACAGGAGCUGAUCAAUCGUAUAGUGUGGUUCGCAGAGCGCUACCCAGACCAAGAAAAGUGGCAUUCGGCGAUAGGACAAUCUUUCAAGCCCGAUGGUGCGCCAUCUCAGUUUCCUCGCCUUGCCAUUCUCAAUCGCACUUGGAAGGAAGCAGUUGAGACCAUUACGUUUCACCAUUUAGGUGUCAAGAGCGAUGAGCUGGGAUCGCUUCAGUCGAUUGUAACAGGAAAUCGUCGCAAGUACCUCUCCUGGAUCAGUUUCAAAGCGGAACUGCCAACAUAUUCGGGAGAAGCAUACGAACACAAGGAGUCACGGCUUGAUCAGCAUGCCAACAACGAGGCAUUUACGAAAGCUGUUAGCGAUCUUUUCACCGUGUUGCGAACCUGGGAAGAUAAUGGUGUGAAGAACGGAGUGCGGCUUAACAUUGUGGGAGCUUCGUCGCCAACAGACUUUCGGGAAGUGGAUGAGCUCCAGAUUGAGCUUGGUGAAUGCAGAGAUAUUCAAUCCGCUCGUUGGGCAGACUCGCACCUGCGCCUUGUGCAACCCGAGAAUCUGCCUACAUUAUCUAAUGUGCAGCAUCUCACUAUCGAGAAUUCGGGCGGGCGAAGACUUGCACCAAGCGUUGCACCAAAUUUAGGUGUGGCACUGCCAGAGCUCAGGACAGUGGACUGGGAGUUUCCAGACUGCGAGGCUGAUUCUGACGCGGGGUCGGAUCAGGAUUCAUUGGAUUCAGACUUUGAUCCGGAGUGGGAGUCGGCGACAUCUCCCAAGGCGCGCGCCUCAGCGCGCGCUGAAUUUGCCAACAAGCUCUCGAUGACGCAUUUCCGCUCGCUCAAUUCUGCCAAUAUUGUCUUAUACCACUGCACUCCUUCAGACCAGAGGUACACAGUUCCGAGCAUUGUGCCAGAAGGCUACACAUACGACCCGUUCAGUUCAUCAAUCCGAACCUUUUCACAAUGUCUUACAACUCUCACUUUGAGUGCGCACGUCGACCCUACGCUAUUUUGGCCAUCAGAUGGAAACGCGAUUCCACCGUCUUGGCCACACUUGAAGUCGCUUGACAUCACAUUUGACAUGGUCGCUCCAUCUGGUAAAUGGUACUUCACUGGUCCAACACCGGCCUACGAUUCCGACGACGACCCCGAGCACGGAGUUAUUGGAAGUGUCGAUACACGCGAAUUCAGCUGGGCAGACUUUCGGCAGCACCCCGAUCCAGAGACCUUCGAUCCUUUUCUCGGCGCGCUCGCAAAAGCCGUUACUCAGAUGCCAGUUCUCGAGUCCUUCAUGCUUACGUCUGAUAUGGUGGGUAAGGCAGGGAAACUGCACAUUUCAUAUCACGCGCCAGGCCAGAGAGCGGAGUGGGGUGAUGAAAGGCCGGAGGACAAGGAUCACAGAAGGAUUUACUACGCGUGUGAGACUGGGGUAUGGGUACCAGAGCCACAGAUCUCCGAAGGGUUGAAACGCGCAGGAGUUCAAAAGUACGGUGGGGAAGCGAUCGAGCGAUAUGUGGGAAGUCAGUACUAUUGAAAGUGAGCAGGUUGGAUACGUGCGUAAGAAAAUACGUCUAAACGCGACUAAUAUCGCUGUAAUAGACCGCAUCAACAGUCAUCUGUCGCAGUGGUUGUUGAAUCGCGAAUACUUUGAGCGUCAUGCGCAAGAAGAGGUUGAUAAGGCGGCGCAUAUUUCUUUGACUCUCAUUUCGAAACGGUGCUCUUCCCCUACGAGCCGAUGUCCUGCGUCUUUGACUAUUAUCCGUGUCCUUUUGCUAUCUUUCGUUCUCAGUGUCUUUCACAACCUCUACUCCGCC